GAUGGGGACAGCGUGUGUGGGGCUGUGGUGCAGCAGUUUCGGACAUCGUUGCUCUGGGGAAAGCAGGAUGGGGAUGGCUUCCUCCAUGUAUAAUACACAUUUGAGGAAGGGGCAGGCUUCUCCAGCACCAUAAAUUUUCUGGCGUGUUGUUCUGAGACUCUAGGACUGCUGAAUUUUUUAAGGAGAUAUGGGAUUUACCUGGAACAAGACAUCCACCCAAAAUGGGAUUGGAAUUCACAUUGUUUGAGGGCAUAUUGAAGAGAUAGAGCAUGAGAACACGCAGAUGUAAUGAUGCCUGCUUAGCAGUGAGGGUUUGGUCAGGGGGGAUAUGGGAGCAGGGAAAUCAGGAUGAGCCUGGACACUGCUCCUCUCAGCAAAUCCCUCUCUGCCCCUUGGUACAGGUGGCAGCAUGAGCUCCCAGGACAUCUGCAGCUCCCCAGGUACUCGUGAGUCCUUCCCUCCCAGACCCAGGGCACUUGGAAGCCCAACCACUGUGAGCUCUGCCCUAUGGCAGCCCUUCACUGCUGUGUCUCCUGCAGGGGAUCUCCAAGCUCCUGCUCUCCAAAUGAACUCAACUUCUGCUCAGCCAGGUACCAGAGUUGUGCUCCAGUGUAUUCUCCCUGUGGUGUCACAUGCAAGACGAAUCAUCUUCUGCAAGGAUGGGACGGAGGAGUACAGCCAGAAAGCCCAGCAAGGGCAGCUGAGCUAUUCCGUGGUCCUGAACAUCACAUCAGGAAGUGCAGGAAAAUAUACAUGUGGGUACCAGGCGCUGAAUGAGAAGAAACAUAUGAGUUCUGCCCUCAGUGCUUGCCAAAUCCUGGAUGUCCCUGGUGCAGGUGCUGGCGUGACCACCCAGGACAUCGGCAGCUCCCCAGGCAAUGUGGUGAGCUCCCCAGCAAGUCCAUCAUCACCAGCUCCACAUAACUGGAUCCCGCACGCCCUCCCCACAGGCAUGGUGCUGGCAGUGGCGGCCGUCGGCCUCGUCCUCCUGGCUGCAGGCAGCUGGUUUGCCAUCAGGAAAGGUGCCUGCAGAGGGAGAUGCCCAAGGCAGCAGCACGUUGACGGACCACAGAUGGAAACCACAGACAACGGCGAAGUCACAUACUCCACCAUUGCCCACGUUCGACGGGACAGGCCUCGUCCCAUGCAGCACAUGAGCGACACCACGACGUAUGCCACAGUGAGCCGCACCCAGACCCGAUAGCGCUGCCACAGGGCAAGGGCACAGGAGCCUUGUCCACAGCCGCCUUUGCUCUCCUGCAGAGUUCUUGUGCAGUCAUAUCAUGGGGUUGAGGGUUGCACUUUGGGCAUCUCUGGAAUUUGCUGUCACAGGGAACGGCUGUGUUUGUCUAGCCAAGAGGAUGAAGGACUCAUAUUUCUUUUUGCAAUGAAUUAAUACCUCUAAAAUAUGU